AUGGCUACGGCGGCUGACGCAAUGGACGCCGCGACCGCUGCAGCAGCAGCUGCAACGGCCGCAAAUUCCCGCAUGGACGCCAUGGAGCAAAAUCAACUCACGAUGACCACCCAGCUGGCUGGCAUCGCUCAACAGCUCCAGGCGUUGCUCGGCGGCGCCGGCAGCAGCGGUGGCGCUGGCGGAGGUGGCAGCAGCGGUGGCGGAGGCGGCAGCAGCGGUGGCGCUGGCGGAGGCGGCAGCAGCGGUGGCGCUGGUGGAGGCGGCGGUGGCGCUGGCGGAGGCGGUGGCAGCGCGGGUAUCGUCCCGCCCCCAGCCCCUAUGAUCACGCCUCAGCGACGCCGUAUCGACCCGUCCUGUCUGGACAAAUUGCCUGGCGACGCGUCGCUCUCCCAGCUUCGUGCUUGGACAAAUCGAUGGAACGAUUUCAGCCAAUUGAACCAGCUCAGCGCGUAUCCGAUCAACGAGCAGAUGGCCGCCUUUCGGAUGGUCCUGGACCCUGCUAUGCACCAGGUCGUCGAGGUGGCGCUCGGCAUAUCUCCGACGUCAAUGGCGACCCCGGCCGACGUCCUCGGCCAGAUAAGGGACUACAUCCGGUCAAAACGCAACAUAGCUUUGGACAGAGUCGCCUUUGAAGAAUGCAAACAAGGUACGACGGAAACUUUUGAUGAAUUUUAUAUUCGGCUCAAGAACCUCGCGGAAGCUGCCAACCUCUGUAUCGCCUGCGUGGACGAAAGAAUGGCGACGCGCAUAAUGGCAGGCAUCCGUGACGCGGAAACAAAGCGACGUCUGUUGGCCAUCAGUCCGUUCCCCACGGCCCAGCAGACCAUCAACAUAUGCCGUAGUGAGGAGUCGGCACGGGCAAACGAGAAAUCUUUGAAUAGCCCAGUGUCAGUAGCCAAAAUACAACUCAAGCACCAGCGGCAGUUCCGGCAGUCAGAAGCCAACAAGUGUCGAUCGUGCGGCCGCCCGGCCCAUCAUUCGGAUGAACAGUGCCCGGCAAUCGGGAGGCAGUGUCAUAGUUGCGGACAGGAGAACCAUUUCGCCCCAUGCUGCCCAACGAGGUCAAGAUCGGGCGCUGGUCACCAGGCUGGCGGAAGCGGCAGCAGCGGUGGCGCUGGCGGAAGUGGCAGCAGCGGUGGCGCUGGCGGAAGUGGCAGCAGCGGUGGCGCUGGCGGAAGUGGCAGCAGCGGUGGCGCUAGUAAUCGUGCCCGCAUCAACAUGAAGCGCGUGGUGGUCGGCAACGUGAGCACAUCCCGACGACGGCAACCGGCACCCACCAUUCCAAUGCAAAUUUGCGGCCCAACCGGAAAUGUGAUAGCAACCAUACCGGAGGCGACGCCAGAUAGUGGAGCAGAAGCUACCGUUGCCGGCAUGGAGGUGCUGCGCCAGUUGGGGCUAUCGGAGCAGGACCUCUCGCACUGCCCGUUCGAGCUUGUGAUGGCGGACAAAUCGACUCCUCUCCUCGCAGUGGGAGAGAAGGAAUUUUGCGUCAAGUACGAAGGAGGGACGGCAACCAUAACCAUUCUAUUCAGCCCAGACGUAGAGGGACUCCUCGUCGCCUGGCAUGAUUGCAAGGCUCUAGGAAUCCUUCAUGAAGACUACCCCAAACCAAUCCGGAAGCCAGCUACGGGCCCUAUCCCGUCGCACCCCACCGUGGACGAUGUCAAGCGGAUCGAGGAGGCCAUUGCAGACGGUUAUGCCGAUGUGUUCGACCAAUCGGGUAUUCUAAAGUGCAUGGAAGGCCCGGAAAUGACAAUCGAGCUCAAGGAUGAUGCCGAGCCAUACCAUGUCAACGGGGCCCGACCAAUACCCUUCGCCGAUCGGCCGGAAGUAAAACGCUUGCUGGAUGAAUACGUGGCUAAAGGUAUUAUUACCCCCGUAACGGAGGCCUCAGAAUGGGCAGCCCCCUUAGUAGUCACUCGUAAAGCGGACGGGUCCUUGCGCUUAUGCAUAGAUCACACCAAGCUGAAUCGCCAUGUCCGCCGGCCGACACAUCCAACCCGCACUCCGCGGGACGCCGUCGCUGAAAUCGCUGGAGACGCCAAAUUUUUUACAUCCUUCGAUGCAGCCAAUGGGUAUUUUCAAAUUCCCCUCCACCCGUCGUCGCAACAUCUAACCAUAUUCAUGACGCCGUGGGGCAGGUAUAAAUUCCUCAGGGCAUCCAUGGGGCUUUGCAGCUCCAGUGAUGAAUAUAACCGGCGCGCCGACGUCGCCUUCCAGGGCGUCCCCCAUACCGUCAGGGUCGUCGACGACCUUCUCCGCUUUGACUCCGCGUUUCCGGAACACGUCGCCGGAGUCUGUGCCGUCUUGUCAGCCGCUAGGAAGGCCGGCAUCACCUUCAGCCGGAAAAAAUUCUGCUUCGCCCAGCAACAGAUCCAGUGGGUUGGAUACCAAAUACAGCCAGGUGGCGUCACGGUCGACCCUGUUGAGCAGCUCGCCGGAUUUUCUACGUCAGUUGCCGCAGCCAAGGCGCCUCUCCGCCCCCUGUUGAGUGUCAGAACACCUUUUGAAUGGACCGCUGACCACGACACAGCCUUUUCCGCCGUCAAGCAGGCGCUGUUAGCGCCGCCCGUCCUGGCACAGUUUGAUCCAUCGCUGGAAACGUCCCUCCAGGUGGAUGCAUCGCGGAAACACGGCAUGGGAUAUGCCCUCCUGCAGCUACACGGGUCUACAUGGAAACUGGUCGACGCCAACUCCAGAUGGUGUACCGACACAGAGUCCCGCUACGCCAUUGUGGAGCUGGAACUGGCCGCCGUCGAGUGGGCCAUGAGGAAAUGCAAACUAUACCUACUCGGCCUGCCUAUGUUUCGCCUGAUCGUCGAUCAUCAGGCCCUUGUCACCAUCCUAGACAAGUAUACCCUAGAUGCUGUGGAAAACCCGAAGCUGCAGCGCCUAAAGGAACGCCUUUCGCCCUUCGUGUUCACGACGGAGUGGCGCAAGGGCCGCGAUCAUGCCAUUCCAGACGCGCUAUCCCGUGCGCCCGUGCACGAUCCCGGUCCAGACGACGAAGCCGUCAACACCGACGUCCAGUCAUUCGCGCAAAGGAUAAUCGUACGUCAAGUCAACAUUAUGCAGCGGGAGGACGAAGAGCUAGAGCCCGUUGAGGACCCCCCGCAUUUACCAGAUCCUUUACUGGAGGACCUCAGGGCUGUAGCCUCAACAGACGCCGAUUACUCAGCGCUUAUUACCGCGAUCUCGCACGGUUUCACCACCAACAGGGAGCGCACAGCCCAAUGCGUUCGGCAAUAUUGGAACAUCCGGACGGAACUGUCCGUGGAGGAUGGCCUCGUCUUGUUCGGUCGACGGAUUGUCAUCCCCAAACCAGCCCGCCGCGACUUACUACGGAAAUUGCAUUCAGCUCAUCAAGGGAUAGUGCGCAUGAAGCGGCGCGCCCGACAAACUGUAUUCUGGCCCGGGAUCUCAAACGACAUAACCAUGUUAGUGGAGAGUUGUGGUUCAUGCCAACAGCGACUCCCAGCUCAACAACAGGAGCCUCUGAUGCGUGAUCCCCUGCCCUCUCGUGUUUUCGAAGAUGUCUCGGUCGACCUUUUCCAGUCUGGUUCGCUUCAUUUUCUCGUCUAUGCCGACCGCCUAUCUGGAUGGCCAAUCGUGCACCAGUGGCGCCACGACCCGUCCGCUCGCGAAGUGACCCAGGCGAUAGUCGAGAACUUCGUGGAUCUCGGUGUCCCGGUCCGCCUGCGGUCAGAUAACGGCCCACAAUUUGACUCUAAUCUCUUCCAGACGAAGCUACGGCAGUGGGGCGUUCAAUGGGGAAAUUCGACGCCCGAAUAUCCACAAAGCAACGGACACGCGGAGGCGGCGGUUGCCGCCAUGAAAGAGCUCGUGACAAAAAUUUCGCCUAACGGCGAUAUCUCUUCCGACGAAUUUUCUCGCGGGAUGCUGGAAUUCAGGAAUACCCCAAGGGAGAACGGUGUGUCGCCAGCAGAAAUGGUUUUUGGCCACCCGCUGCGGUCCAUCAUUCCGGCUCACCGGUCGUCGUACGCCGCACGCUGGAGGACUGUCAUGGAAGGAAGGGACCGCCAGGCAGAAAUCGACGCCGGGGUCAAGUUCCGGUACGACGAACACGCACGGCCUCUGGCCCCACUUCCUUUGGGGACCCACGUACGGAUUUGGAACCCCAAAUCCAAGUUAUGGGACAAGAUGGGAGUCAUUGUCAGUGUCGGGCGCUAUCGCUCCUACCGCGUCAAAUUCGCAAGCGGGAGCGUCUUAUGGCGAAACCGCCGUUUCCUACGCCCAAUGAUCGCCGCCACGCCAGCCGACGAAGACGGAACCGACGAUGGAGGAAAUCGGGGUACAGACGCCAGCACCGCGGAUCCUGAUGGAAAGGAGAGCGACAGCGUAUCCAUCGACCACAGCCGUCCCGGGGAAAUCACCGACAGCGGCCAGCCCGCGCCUCGGCGAAGCGGCCGGAUUCCAAAGCGCCGAGUCAUGUUCGAUAUCUAGUUGCAAUGCCCGCCUCGUCCAAGUACCCUUCCCGCCUCAUUACCAUCCCCUGUGUUAAGUGUGUUAAGCCGUUACGUGCAUUUUGUCAAUGAUGUAACGUCUUGGGAAGAGUUGUUGUGUAUGUGUAUCAGUGUUGUCAAGCUGCCCGCCAGGUGGCGCAGGGUGCGUCCGAGGCGCUCGGUGUGGAAGCCGUGUGCGGGCAGUCUCGCUUACGCUUUCGUGUGUUAAAGAUCUACGUCUCAUGUGCGACUCAAUACAUUCGUAUUUAACAAGGAC